AUGUCUCGACCUAAAAAACAACAAGUACACUUGAGAAAUAUACGUAAAAAACAAACCUUUUCUAAAAGAUUAAUUCUUGAUAAUAUUCAAAGUCAUCGCCAUCAAAUAAUUAAGCAAGUAAUUAAAGAUUUUAAUGACUUAAAUGAUGAUGAUUUUAAUUUAAUGAUUAAACAAAUUAAAGAAAUCAGAGAAAUAUAUAGAAUUAAUAAUGAAGCUGGAAAGCAAAAAGGAGAGAUAUAUUCAACUUAUCUUCAACUUAAAGCAGCCGAAUUUAUUAAUUCUGAAUUAUAUAAAAAAACAAGUCUUCGAAUUCAAUCUCUUUCAAUGCAAGUUACUUGUGCAAAAAAAAAACAAAAAAAGCAUAUCUCCAAAAUUCGUUCAGCUAUUCAAAAGGCAAAACAAGUUCAACCUAAUCAAUUUCAUCAUAUGGCAAAAAAAUUAUUUAAAAAAAACAAAAAGGUGUAUACAGCUGAAUUUGUAAAGUUGGUAACUGAUAUUAGCAAUAUGGGAGUUAUUUCAAUUCAGGCUUCAGUUGAUUGUACAAAGGCAAUGUAUAAAUUUUUAACAGGAGAUAUGCCAACUCAUUGGAUUAGUCCAAGUAUAGUUGCAAAGUGGAAUAAAGAUAUUGCAGCUUUAUUAUAUUAUGAAAACCAACCUAAUCAAAAUACUCGAAUUCAAAUUUCUGGUUCAAAUAAUAGAAUUGAAAACAUAACACAAGAAAAACUUCAACAUAUUCGAAAAGAAUUAAGAAAUUCAGAUAACAAUAUAGAGUCAGAAAAUUUUACAGAAAGUGCACAAACUAUUUUAGAUACUUUCUUGGUUUGGCGUCAUUAA